AUGGCUCCUGGACGGCCCUGUGCUGCCGGCCUGGCGCGGUUCUGCCAGAAGCUGAAGCGGCAGAAGCCGCUGGAGGACAGCGCCAUGGAGACGUCGCUGCAGCGCUGCCUGUCCACGCUGGACUUGACCCUGCUGGGGGUGGGCUCCAUGGUGGGCUCUGGCCUCUACGUGCUCACGGGCACCGUGGCCAAGGAGAUCACGGGCCCUGCCGUGAUCGUGUCCUUCGUCGUGGCCGCCGUGGCCUCCCUGAUGGCGGCCCUGUGCUACGCGGAGUUCGGGGCCCGUGUGCCCCGCACGGGCUCUGCCUACCUGUUCACCUACGUGUCCAUGGGCGAGCUGUGGGCCUUCCUCAUCGGCUGGAACCUCGUGCUUGAAUAUGUCAUCGCCGGUGCCGCCGUGGCCCGCGCCUGGAGCGGCUACCUGGACGCCAUGUUCGACCACCGUAUCCACAACUUCACCGAGGCCCACCUGGGCGUCUGGCAGGUGCCCUUCCUGGCCAGAAGUCCAGACUGGCUGGCGGCCGGCAUCGUCCUUCUGGCCUCCGCCUUCGUCUCCUGCGGGGCCCGCGUCUCUUCCUGGCUCAACCACACCCUGUCGGCCGUCAGCAUGGUUGUCAUCCUCUUCAUCGUUGUCCUGGGCUUCAUCCUCGCCCGGCCCAGCAACUGGGGCGAGGUGGAGGGUGGCUUUGUGCCCUUCGGCUUCUCCGGCAUCAUGUCUGGCACGGCGACCUGUUUCUACGCCUUUGUGGGCUUCGACGUCAUUGCCGCCUCCAGCGAGGAGGCCCGGAACCCAAAGCGCGCCGUGCCCCUGGCCGUCGCCCUGUCGCUGGGGCUGGCGGCCUCCGCCUACAUCCUGGUCUCUGCUGUCCUCACCCUCAUGAUCCCCUGGCACAGUCUGAACCCUAACUCCGCGCUCGCCGACGCCUUCUACCAGCGGGGCUACGGCUGGGCUGGCUACCUCGUGGCAACUGGCUCCAUCUGUGCCAUGACCACCGUCCAGCUCAACGGCCUCUUCUGCCUGCCGCGGAUCAUCUACGCCAUGGCCGUCGACGGGCUGUUCUUCGAGGCGUUUGCCUACGUGCACCCCCGGACGCAGGUGCCUCUGCUGGGCAUCCUGGUGUUCGGGGCCCUCACGGCUGUGGUGACGCUGCUGCUGGACAUCGAGGCCCUGGUGCAGUUCCUGUCCAUCGGCACCCUGCUGGCCUACACCUUUGUGGCCAUCAGCGUGCUUGUCCUGCGAUUCCAGACGGCCUCUCAGUCCGGCUCGCCCAGCCUGGCUGGCUCCAGCCUGAAGGCCAAGGAGUACAACCCCUUCUCUGAUCACUUGGAGCUGGUGGGCGCGGGGCACGGCCCUGAGCCAGGGCGGCUGCGGCCAGCCCUGAGGCCCUACCUGGGCUUCCUGGACAGGGGCAGCCCCGGCGCGGCCGUGCGCGGGGCCGUCUGCGGGCUGGUGGUCUCUGCCGUCGCCCUGGGCUGCGUGCUGAUGCUUGGGCACUCCGCCCUGCACCUGCCACUCUGGGGCUUCCUCCUGCUGCUGCUGUGCAGCGGCGUCACGUUUCUGCUCAGUCUCCUCGUCCUGGGGGCCCACCAGCAGCAACGCCUGAAAGACACCUUCCAGAUGCCCCUGGUGCCCCUGAUUCCAGCUCUGAGCAUCGUCCUCAACUUCUGCCUGAUGCUAAAGCUGAGCUACCUGACCUGGCUGCGCUUCACCGUCUGGCUGCUGAUAGGACUCUCGGUGUAUCUCGGCUACGGCGUCUGGCACAGCAAGGAGAACUGGCGGGAGCCACCGGGGCUGGUCACCGCCCGCCAUGCGGCUUUCCCCGACGGCAGGCUGGAGGAGACGGCGCAGGAUCCUGGCCAGGUGCCGGCCCAGGGGCCUGGCGGUCCAUGAG